AUGAAGAGGAGGGAGAGGCUUCAACGCGGAGGGGAGGAGGAGGUCCUUGCGGCAGAUUUGAAACAUAUGGAUGAUGUUAUCAAGGAAACACAGGAUAUGGGUCCAGCCGACGAUCUCGAAGAUGCGCACAGCGAAGAAUCCGUUCAGAUUCUCAAGGCUAGGGGGGAGUUGGAGAAUGCUGAGAAGAUACUACUAGCUGGUAACCAGGAGGAUCUCCUGAGGGAGAUACAGGGGGAAGUUAGAGCUGCUGUUAAGGGCAGAGAUGAGGUUCAUGAUGAGCCAGAGGAGGAAUUCUGA